ACCGAGAGCAUGUACUGUCUGUACAUCACUUAGUCACUGCAUUCAUGUCUCUCACUCAAACACUACCUACGCAUCUCGUCGGCCAUUCUUAUCGACAGCUACCGCACUGAGCUCCUUCAUGACAAUCAGUCCAUCCAUCCAUCCAUCAGACGAUUUGUCGGUUGGCGUCCAGCUGGGCGAGCACCUUGGACAGGUGGUGCAUGGGCAGGCCCAUGACGUUGAAGUAGCACCCCUCUAUCGACUCCACAAACAUGCCACCCUGACAACAACACGCAAUACACACACACACACACACACACGACACCAGCCACACAACACACAUAAAGACCCUCACGCACACGCGGUUAUGUGGGCUACCAGUCCCUGUAUGCCGUAUCCGCCGGCCUUGUCCAUUGGCUCCCCGCUCGCCACGUAAGAAUCGAUCUCACUCCGACUCAGCGGCGCAAACUUCACCUGCACAAAUAAGAGAGGGGAACCCAAUUCCAAUCCACACCGCUCGUGUGUUCUUCGCCUACGUGAGCACCUUUGUGGAUUCAACGAAAUGUGCAACAGGCUCAGCGGGCCCGGCUCGCCUCGUGAAAAUCGCCACCCCGGUGUGCACAGCGUGGCACCGCCCACUCAUCCGCGACAGCAUCGACACCGCAUCGUCAUGAUUUGCGGGCUUCUCGAGAAUCACGCCGUCGAGGUCGACAAUGGUGUCUGCACCGAUGACCACAUCAGCGGCAGGAGGGCAUGUCGAUGACUCGUCAUCACCGCCCGCUCCCAGGGCGCCGCGGGCCACCUCGGCGGCCUUAUGAGCCGCAUUGGCCGCUGCAUAGCUUUGUGGCGACGAGAAGGCGCCGUGGUCGAGGUCCUCAGCGAAUGUUGAGGGGUACACGGUGACGUCCAGACCCAUCAAACCGCAGAUCUCUCUGCACACAGAGAGGGAAACAAGCACAGCACAUGCAUGGACGGAGAGCGCACGGGACGCGUGUGUAGGUAGGUACUUUCUUCUGGGGCUCUUGCUGGCGAGGAUGACGCGCAGGCAGUCGCCAGCAGAUGGGUAAAAGCAAGAGCCCAAGAUGCUGGUGGAGGUCGCGGAGAGAGAGCUGCUGCGGGACUCCCUGCACGCACAACGCACAGCACAUCAUUCAUGAUGCAGCCAGUGCGCCAGCCAGAUGCCUGUAUCUUCUCUCACACCCGUUCGUUUUGUCCAUCGUCGAGGCGCUGAAGAACUGUCUUCUUCUCAGCGACAGCCUGAGGGUGCUGCUGCUGCUGCUGAAGGCCUCGCAGCGCAGUGCCAGGCAGCUGAGCGCCAAGAGGUUCAGCAGAGCGGCUGAUGGUGAGACUGACGCACCAUGACCAAAACGCAUCAGCUCUUCAUGCCCUUCUUGAGAUGCGCUGUGGAUGCACCACUCACCGCGCCGCCUGCCGCAGAUCCACCUC